CUUGGUCCACCGACUGAGCCCCAGCCCACCAUUCGGAAAUGCGGCCCAUGACGAGCCCGCUCCUGCUCUCGCCGUCCCCGUGCCCUCUACUCCUCCGUCUCCUUCGCCUAACCCGCGCCCCUCGCCGCCGGAACCCUACCGCUGCGCCGCCCCCUCCUCCCUCCCUCCGCCGCCUCCUCAUCGUCCCCGCCGCCAUGUCCUCCUCUUUCACCACCACCACCCCCGACUCCGUCGUCGCCGACCCCGUCGCCCUCGCCCGCAAGGCCGCCGCCAUCCGCGCGGCCGGCCCCACCAAGCUCCAGGUCAUCGCCGACUUCGACGGCACGCUCACGCGGUACUGGUACGACGGCGCCCGCGGCCAGACUAGCCAUGGGCUGCUGAGGCAGGCGAACGAGGAGUACGACGCCAAGAGGGAGGCGCUGUACGAACACUACCACCCCAUCGAGAUCUGCCCCGACAUUCCGCUCCAGGAGAAGGCCAAGCUCAUGGAAGAAUGGUGGGAGAAGACUCAUGGUCUCCUUAUUGAAGGUGGUCUUACAUACGAAGCUAUAAGGAAAUCUGUGGCUGAUGCUGCAAUUACAUUCAGAGAUGGUGUGGUGGAGCUCUUUGAGUUCUUGGAGGAGAGAGAUAUUCCAGUGCUAGUAUUUUCUGCUGGACUUGCAGACAUAAUUGAAGAGGUCUUUCGGCAAAAACUACCCCGAUCGUUCAAGAACAUCAAGAUUGUCUCCAACAGGAUGGUCUUUAACGAAGAAGGUUGUCUUGUAGCAUUUAAAGGGAAAACAAUUCACGUCCUAAACAAAAAUGAGCAUGCCUUGGACAUGGCAGCUCCAGUACAUGACAAUCUGGGGGAUCCAAAUGGAUCUAUUGAUGACUAUUCAUUGGUGAAGAAAAGGACCAAUGUGCUGCUACUUGGCGAUCACAUUGGGGACUUGGGCAUGUCUGACGGUUUGAACUAUGAAAACAGGAUUGCUGUUGGAUUCCUGAAUAGCAACAUUGAGAAAUCUCUGAAGGAUUACUCCAAGGCAUUUGACAUUGUGUACCUGAAUGAUGCUCCAAUGCGGGGAGUUGUUGAGUUUGUCUCUGAAUUAUGUCCGUAAUCAAAUGACUUUUCACUACCCUUCAGAAAAGGAAAUCUUUUCCUGAAUUUGGCAGCUGCCGCAAUCCGCUCACCUGGAAAUCUGGGGAUUUCGCUCCCUCAACUUGCUAACCAUCCAAGCUUGCUUCAUAAGAAGCAGUUGUACAGGCUAGAACAUCACGAGUCCAAAGAGCCCUUGGAUCAAUGAUCAUGUGUGAUCAUGUGCACAAUGAAAUUUCAACAUUGUUCUUGCAAGCUUUUUGCUGUCAUUUUUCUAUCUCCAGUGAUGACUUAUUGAUCCUUGUUUUUUUAAAAAGUAACUUCGUGGGUGAAGCAAUGCUGUGAUUAGUUGGCGAGAAAAAUAGCUGCAGAUGGAGGUAAGAUAUAUUGAAGGCACUGAAUCCAUAUUCUUCCUGAACCUACUUUACGUUAAUGAGAAUCCAUUGUUCUAUCUCGGUGCACUCAUAAC